AUGUGUGAGCGGGUUGAGGAAUCGGACUCGGAGGGUAAUACACUAAAAACUAAGAAAUAUGAAGGAAAACUUUAUGUCAGUAUCAUUCCCGGAAACAUCAAGGAUCAUUUUGAGAGUCUGCAACAGAUGGAGGUUCGGAAGGAUGACACGUUCAUUCUCUCCUACCCAAAGUCAGGAACACAUUGGGUGUUUACCAUCGCCAGUAUGCUCCGUACUGGAAAUUCUGCUUAUAUAGGAUCUCCACACUUCUUGGACUACAACGACGUCGACUACUUGAACAAGUUACCAUCACCAAGACUUCUCGCCUCCCACAUGACCUUUGACAGACUCCCUCUUCAGGUCAGGGAAGGAAAAGGAAAGGUGUUUGUUGUUUCCAGGAAUCCUAAAGAUGUUGCUGUUUCUUUGUAUACGUUUCUGAUGAAACUUACAGUUUCGGAUUUCUCAGGAACUUGGGAAGGCUUUCUCAAAUUCUACAUGGAAGGCAAAAUGAUGUAUGGUUCCUGGUUCGAUACCUUUUUCGAUUGGGAGAAUAUCAAGGACACAUACAGUGGAGGAAAUAUCAUGUACUUGGUUUAUGAAGACUUGAAACAAGAUCUCUUUCACAACAUUACUAAGAUGGCAUCGUUCUUGGGUGUAACCCACGACAAGUCCUUCCUUGAAGAAGUCACUGAGAGGUGCACUUUUAAAACAAUGGUUAAGACAAUCAUGCAAGAAAUUAAGCCACAAGAGCAAGAAUACAUCAAGAAAGUGUCAGAGGAAAAGAAGUUACCGAUCUAUAGGAAAGGAGAGGUUGGUGAUUGGAAGAAUCAUUUCACAGUGGCACAAAACGAAACAUUCGAUAGACUUUACGAAGAACAAAUGCGCGACUCAAAGUUUAAAUUUAGGUUUGAAUAA